UCGAUAUUUUACUCCAAGCGUUCUUCUAAAUCGGCUGCCAUAAAUUCUCCGAUCAAUUUUACAAAUCUCUCUCAAGCUUCUCUCUCUCUCCUCUGCGUGAUUAUGGAGCUUCGACUCCAAGUUUAUUCCUUCCAUUUUCCAACGAUUCCAUUUUAGAUCCCAUAUUCCACUUUUCUCUCUCUCUCUCUAGACUCCAAUUUUUUUCUGCUUCGAUUUCCACAAGAAACAGAGCACUUCUGGGUACCAUGAUUCGCUCCGACAAAAUCCAAGAAAUUGCAUCCAAAAUGGGCUUCUCCCUCUCCGAUUACGCCGAAUCUCUCGAGCACGAGCGCCGGAAAGUUCUCAUGUUCCAGCGCGAGCUCCCUCUCUGCUUGGACCUCGUCACCCAAGCCAUUGAUUAUUGCAGGCAGCAGCUGUCGGAGACGGCGACGACGACGGAGAAUCGCCAAUCGGAGUGCUCCGACCAGACUUCCAGCGAGAUGGGGAUGGGGAUGGGGCCUGUUCUGGAGGAGUUUAUUCCGAUAAACAAAAAUGGGGUUUCUGAUUUUGAACAGGAACAGGCACGGGAAAUUGAAAAGGAGAAGAGUAGUGGGUCUGAUCAAAACAAUUUGGGUCCGUCGGAUUGGCUCAGAUCUGCUCAGCUUUGGAAUCAAUCCUCGGAUCCUCCUCCCCUGAAUCAGGGCCCGCCGGAGAAGACGGCCGUCGUUGAGGUGAAGAGAAAUGGGGGUGCUUUCCGGCCGUUUCAGAAGGAGAAGACGGGAGGAGGAGGAGGGGCGUCGUCGUCUUCUACUCCGGCGGCGGCGACGAGCUCGACGGCGGAGACGGAGUCCGGCGGUGGGAGCAGCAGACGGGAAGAGAAAGAGGCGCAGAAUCAGAGGAAACAGAGACGGUGCUGGUCGCCGGAGCUGCACCGGCGGUUCCUUCACGCGCUUCAGCAGCUCGGCGGCUCCCACGUGGCCACACCGAAGCAAAUCAGAGAGCUGAUGAAGGUGGAUGGUCUUACCAACGACGAAGUGAAAAGUCAUUUACAGAAAUAUCGUCUGCACACGAGACGGCCGAGUCCGACGAUUCACAACAGCGAGAGCGCCCAGGCGCCGCAGUUCCUGGUGGUCGGCGGCAUAUGGGUCCCGGCGGCGGAGUACGCCGCCGUGGCCACCACCACUUCAUCCGGAGAAGCGGUCAGCGUCGCCGCCACAAGUAAUGGAAUUUAUGCACCGGUGGUGGCCGCCGCGCCGCCGCAGCCAUUGGCCAAUACAGUACAAAGACCGAAGGCGAAACUUUGCUGCGGUCAAUCGCCGUCCGCCGCCGUCGCCGCCGCCGCCGCCCAAUGUAAUUCUCCUGCUACAUCUUCCUCCACCCACACGUCUUCGCCUUCACCUGCUUCUCGAGCCUUGUAAUUCGUUUUUUUUGUUUUUUUGUUUUUUUUUUUUAAAUUUCUACAGUUUUGUUUUGAUGUGUAAAAGUUUUGGUACAGAACCUCCAUUUCCAUAGCCCACAGAAACUUAUAAGAACAUGCCGGAAUCCGCUUAUCUUUC